AAAGCCCAAAAGAAAAAGAAAACCCCUAAAAAUUUUCUUUUGCUUGGCUGUUUCCAAGUUAAGAGCUCAAUCAAAACCCUAUUGCAAUCGAGAGGGCGAUGUAGGAUGCGUGAGUUCCAAAUAUUCGAUUUUCUUCCAGCGUAGGUCGAUUGCUGGUUCGAUUUUUCAAUGGCUAAGCGAGUCUAUGAAGUUUGGAAAGGAAACAAUGUAUUUAUAUGUGGGGGGAGGUUGAUAUUUGGACCUGAUGCUCGGUCACUGCUCAUCACCAUUUCACUCAUAGUGGUUCCUAUCGUGAUAUUCUGUGUAUUUGUUGCAAGACAUCUUCUUCAUAGAUUUUCUCAACAUAAUGCAGGAUAUGCAAUAUUGGUGGUUACAAUAGCAUUUACUAUCUAUGUACUGUUGCUGUUGCUCCUUACUUCAGCACGAGAUCCGGGUAUCAUUCCACGCGCUUCACAUCCUCCAGAGGAAGAGUUCUCUUAUGAGACUUCAGCUCCAUCUGGAGGGGGAAGGCACACACCAAGCCUGCAAUUUCCUCGCACCAAAGAUGUCAUGGUCCACGGAAUGCCUGUGAAAGUAAAAUACUGUGACACUUGCAUGGUCUAUCGUCCCCCGCGUUGUUCUCAUUGUUCAAUUUGCAACAAUUGUGUAGAACGCUUUGAUCAUCACUGCCCUUGGGUUGGACAAUGCGUUGGACUGAGAAACUAUCGCUUCUUUUUCUUCUUUGUGUCAUCCUCAACUCUUCUCUGCAUAUUUGUGUUCUCAAUGUGUGCCUUGUACAUCAAGUUUCUCAUGAAUGAUGAUUAUCCAACAGUGUGGAAGGCAAUGAAACAUUCGCCUGCAUCUGUGGUACUGAUGAUAUAUUGUUUUAUAUCUCUAUGGUUUGUUGGUGGCCUUACUGGAUUUCAUUUAUAUCUCAUUGGUAACAAUCAGACUACAUAUGAGAACUUCCGAUACAGAGCCGACAACAGGCCGAACGUCUAUGACCAAGGUUGCGUCAACAACUUCCUAGAAGUCUUCUGCACGAGAGUAAAGCCAUCAAAAAAUAAGUUUCGUGCCUACGUUUCAGAAGAAAACUCAAGGCCUCCUAUCAUCGGUUCUAGAGAGCCGGAGCCAGAACCAGAAUCAACCAGUGAACCGCGAUCCAAGGUAGAAGAUGAUCUCGAGAUUGGCGGAGAAUUAUUGAAGAUUUCGAGAAGACGAACAUCUGGAGAGGUUGACGAGGAGUUGGGCGGGAGAAAUAGUACUGGUAUGCACAGUGUUGUGUCCGAGUCAGAGCUUGUUUCAAGAAGGAGAAGUGGAACCUGGGAAAUAUCACAGGAUAUUGUUGGCAAGACACAGCCUUUCACCGGAGCUUAGAAUGUUUUAGAGUUUUUGAGGGUUAUAUUGGUGUUGAUGUUGUUAUACGUGUAUGUAAUAGAUGUUUUCGUUCUAAUUAGGAGCUUAAAAUUUUAGAAGUUAUAGAUUGUUGUUCUCUUUGCUUUUUCAUUGUGUAGCUGUUCCUUUUUGGUGUUGCUACUGGGUCCGCCUGUUUUCUUUUUUUUUGUUAUUGUUAUUGUUAUUGUUUUUUUUGUGCGUGUGUGGGGAUAUUGAUUCUUUUUGUAAUAUGCUGAUGUUGGAUUCCACAUAUCUAAUCUGUGAUCUCUUUUGUUGGUCC